CUCACCCCGCAGCCGCCGCCUCCGAGCGCCUGAGGUUUCCCGGGGACCAUAAUGAACAAGUUGCUGUGCUGCGCGCUCGUGUUCCUGGACAUCUCCAUGAAAUGGACCACCCAGGAAACCUUUCCUCCAAAGUACCUUCAUUAUGACCCCGAAACCUCUCGUCAGCUGAUGUGUGAUAAAUGUCCUCCUGGCACCUCCCUAAAACAGCACUGCACAGCAAGGCGGAAGACCCUGUGUGCCCCUUGUCCUGACCACUACUACACAGACAGCUGGCACACCAGCGACGAGUGUCUGUACUGCAGCCCAGUGUGCAAGGAACUGCAGUACGUCAAGCAGGAGUGCAAUCGCACCCAUAACCGCGUGUGCGAAUGCGAGGAGGGGCGCUACCUGGAGCUGGAGUUCUGCCUGAAACAUAAGAGCUGUCCCUCUGGAUUUGGAGUGCUACACGCUGGAACCCCGGAGCAAAAUACAGUUUGCAAAAGAUGUCCAGAUGGGUUCUUCUCCAAUGAGACGUCAUCUAAAGCACCCUGUAGAAAGCACACCAAUUGCAGUGCAUUUGGGCUCCUUCUAACUCAGAAAGGAAAUGCAACGCAUGACAAUAUAUGUUCUGGAAGCAGUGAAUCGACUCACAAAUGUGGAAUAGACAUGACCCUGUGUGAGGAGGCAUUCUUUAGGUUUGCUGUUCCUACAAAGCUUACCCCGAACUGGCUCAGUGUCCUGGGAGACAACCUGCCUGGCACCAAAGUGAACGCAGAGAGCAUAGAGAGAAUAAAACGACGACACGGCUCACGAGAACAGACUUUUCAGCUGCUGAAGUUAUGGAAGCAUCAAAACAAAGACCAAGAUAUGGUCAAGAAGAUCAUCCAAGAUAUCGAACUCUGUGAAAAGAGCGUGCAGAAGCACAUUGGGCACAUGAAUCUCACCUUCGAGCAGCUUCUAAGGCUGAUGGAGAGCUUGCCGGGGAAGAAAGUGACGACAGAAGACAUUGAGAAAACAAUGAAGACGUGCAAAUCAAGUGAUCAAAUCCUGAAGCUUCUCAGCCUCUGGAGAAUAAGAAAUGAUGACCAAGACACCCGCAAGGGCCUGAUGCAUGCCCUAAAGCACUUGAAGACACACCACUUCCCCAAAACUGUCACUCAGAGUCUGAAGAAGACCAUCAGGUUCCUUCACAGCUUCACCAUGUACAGAUUAUAUCAGAAGCUAUUUUUAGAAAUGAUAGGGAACCAGGUCCAAUCAUUAAAGAUAAGCUGCUUAUAA